AAUAAUUUUUGUUUAGUUAAGGUGUAAAAUUUUAUACCUUAAUUAACAUGAUUAUCAGUAUGACCAAUGAUUAUCCUCAAAGUUAUAUAUAUAGUGAGAGAGAGAGAGAGCAAUAGUGAAGAGAAGAGGCUAUUUGCGUUUUCCACUUUGUUUUGUCGUCGUUUUCAUUCAGAGACGGAUCAAAACGGCAUGUGGUGGCCGUGCGGGAGAAAUGGGGGUUCUUCCUUUUCAUCUUCUUCCACUGCCGAACAAGUUACUGAAGGAAUCGAUGGCACUGGCCUCACCGCUAUUGUUACAGGGGCAUCCAGUGGUAUUGGUGCUGAGACUACCCGUGUUCUUGCCAUGCGUGGUGUUCAUGUAAUUAUGGGUGUGAGAAAUGUGGUAGCUGCAAAAGUUGUUAUGGAAGCAAUACUUAAAGAGAUUCCCAACGCUAAAGUUGAUGCUAUGGAGUUAGACCUUAGUUCAAUGAUAUCUGUUAGAAAAUUUGCAUUAGAGUUCAUUUCAUCUGGUCUUCCAUUAAACAUUCUCAUAAACAAUGCAGGAAUAUUUGGAACCCCUUUCAAGCUUUCUGAGGACAAUAUUGAACUGCAAUUUGCCACAAAUCACAUGGGUCAUUUUCUUUUAAUAAAUCUGUUGUUGGAUACUAUAAAGAGAACAACGCAUGAAAGUAAGAAAGAAGGAAGAAUUGUUAAUAUCUCCUCUAGUGGUCAUCAAUGGCUCAACUAUCGUGGAGGAAUCCUUUUUGAUAAAAUUAACGAUGAAUCCAGUUAUCAGAAAUUCUGCGCGUAUGGACAAUCAAAGCUUGCUAACAUUUUACAUGCGAAUGAACUAGCAAGACGUCUUAAGGAAGAAGGGGUAAAUAUUACUGCUAAUUCUCUUCAUCCAGGAGCCAUUGCCACCAAUAUUCAUCGUUACAACAGAAUAUUGACUGGAAUUCCAGGUGUAGUUAAGAGGUUGUUGAAUCUUGUAAUUAAAAAUGUCCAGCAGGGAGCGGCAACGACAUGUUAUGUAGCAUUGCACCCAGAAGUGAGAGGAAUUAGUGGUGAGUAUUUUGCAGAUAAUAAAAUUGCCAAAGCAAACUCACUAGGAAGGGACAUUGAUUUGGCUAAGAAACUAUGGGAUUUCAGCAUGAAUCUGAUCAAAGUAGAAUACUUGGUGCCAAUUGUCGAUGCUGAUGGCAUACUUAGAGAAUGAGAAACAUCAAUGAUAUUAUGACAGUUAAAAUUGCAUUAUUUUACUACUUUUAGUUAAAUAAUUCCUAUCUUUCUAGGAUUUCAAGUUUACAAUGUGGUGUUCCGGCAUUUAUAUGUUAUGUGUACAUGUACUUACAUGAAACACUAUUUUUAUUUUUUAAAGGCAGUGAAAGACUUAUUUUAGUUUGGAAAAAGUUUAA